ACUCAGAGAUAAUAAUGGGGAGGUGGUCACACUCUACGCUAUUAGAAAUGAUCAUCAUCUGGUAUUUUCAGGUCAGGUGCUUUGUUUACCUACGUAUGAACAUUGUCCAGAUGUGAACUACUACUUUAUCUGAUCUUGUGAAUGGAUUUGGACAUUGUGCAAUCAUCUGUAACCAUUCACUGUUCUGACAUUAUGGUGGAAGGAAAGUCAUUAAUAAAAUAGCUUAAGAUGGUUGGGUUGAGUACACAGCAAUAAGUAACCCUUGCAAUGAUGUCCAAUGGUUAAGAUGGUACAUAAGGAAGACAUAAAUAAUCUGCCGGAAAUAGCAGGGGACCGGGGGUCAAAUGAGAUGGAGGAACUGAGUGAAAUCCAGGUUAGCCGGGAAGUGGUGUUAGGUAAAUUGAAUGGAUUAAAGGCCGAUAAAUCCACAGGGCCAGAUAGGCUGCAUCCCAGAGUACUUAAGGAAGUAGCCCCAGAAAUAGUGGAUGCAUUGGUGAUAAUUUUUCAAAACUCUUUAGAUUCUGGAGUAGUUCACGAGGAUUGGAGGGUAGCUAAUGUAACCCCACUUUUUAAAAAGGGAGGGAGAGAGAAAACGGGGAAUUACAGACCAGUUAGUCUAACGUCGGUAGUGGGGAAACUGCUAGAAUCAGUUAUUAAAGAUGGGAUAGCAGCACAUUUGGAAAGUGGUGAAAUCAUUGGACAAAGUCAGCAUGGAUUUAUGAAAGGUAAAUCAUGUCUGACGAAUCUUAUAGAAUUUUUCGAGGAUGUAACUAGUAGAGUGGAUAAGGGAGAACCAGUGGAUGUGUAAUAUCUGGACAUUCAGAAGGCUUUCGACAAGGUCCCACAUAAGAGAUUAGUAUACAAACUUAAAGCACACGGUAUUGGGGGUUCAGUAUUGAUGUGGAUAGAGAACUGGCUGGCAGACAGGAAGCAAAGAGUAGGAGUAAACGGGUCCUUUUCACAAUGGCAGGCAGUGACUAGUGGGGUACUGCAAGGUUCAGUGCUGGGACCCCAGCUAUUUACGAUAUAUAUUAAUGAUUUGGACGAGGGAAUUGAAUACAACAUCUUCAAGUUUGCGGAUGACAUGAAGCUGGGGGGCAGUGUUAGCUGUGUGGAGGAUGCUAGGAGGCUGAAAGGUGACUUGGAUAGGCUGGGUGAUUGGGAAAAUGCAUGGCAGAUGCAGCAUAAUGUGGAUAAAUGUGAGGUUAUCCACUUUGGUGGCAAAACCAGGAAAGUAGACUAUUAUCUUAAAUAUAGCCAAUGAACUGGCCUCAACUACCUUCUGUGGCAGAGAAUUCCACAGAUUCACUCUCUGUGUGAAAAAUGUUUUUCUCAUCUCGGUCCUAAAAGAUUUCCCCCUUACCCUUAAACUGUGACCCCUUGUUCUGGACUUCCCCAAUAUCGGGGACAAUCUUCCUGCAUCUAGCCUGUCCAACCCCUUAAGAAUUUUGUACGUUUCUAUAAGAUCCCCCCUCAAUCUUCUAAAUUCUAGCGAGUACAAGCCGAGUCUAUCCAGUCUUUCUUCAUAUGAAAGUCCUGCCAUCCCAGGAAUCAGUCUGGUGAACCUUCUCUGUACUCCCUCUAUGGCAAGAAUGUCCUUCCUCAGAUUAGGAGACCAAAACUGUACGCAAUACUCCAGGUGUGGUCUCACCAAGACCCUGUGCAACUGCAGUAGAACUUCCCUACUCCUAUACUCAAAUCCUUUUGAUGCAAGUAAUGCAAGUCUCUAUAAAUAAUUCCAGCCAUAAACAACUGCAAACUUAAUACAGAAUCUAAAGUUGCAAUAUUUAUUUUUCUUAUCUAAGGGCCAUUGGGCUUGCCUAGAGGGUUCCUAAAAAGGUAGGUCCCAAGAAAGUUUUCCGGCUCCCUGAUUGGUGCUUGGGACGUGUGUUGGUGAUAAUUUCCUUCUUCAAAAACUUCAAAAGAAUCACAUUGUCCUUUGGGGUUUUAUUCGUGUUCAAAGAGCUGUCACCUUAGCUAGUAUUUGAGCUCCAUGUAAAGAAAGGCAAUGGACUUUGUGAAUUCGUUGAGAGUGUGGUUAAUAUUAACAACUCUGUAUCAGGUGUCGUAUUGCCGUUCCGAAUUUGCCAUCACAGAAAUAUCAUCAGUGGAUUCGUCCAAGUUAAAAGUAUCAUGGACACCAUAUCCUCAAGCUAACACUUAUGUUCUUGAUCUAAGGAUUGCAAAUAAUAUCAGAAGUCUACCAUUCAUCAUUGUGACACCUUCCUUUAUCACUACAAAAACAUUUCAAAGGUUGAAAGCUGGUGUGCUCUAUAAUGUGACAGUCAAAGCAUUUAGGUAUUUCACCAUUCUUGCUUCUGCAUGGCAAACUGGGAGGACAGUGCCGAAGAGACCAAAAUUGCUCAGCUUAAAAUCUAUCUCGAGUUCAACAGUUAUUGCGAGAUGGACUGAAGUAUUGGGAGCAGAUCGAUACUUUCUGAACGUGAAAUCGAACACUCGUGACUAUAAUUUGACAUUUUACAAAAACAAUGGAAUUGUCACCAGUUUGGAUCCAUCCACAGUCCAUAGGAUUAGAGUCUUUGCAGCAAACGCAGCUGGUGUUGGAAGUGCAAGCAAAACAAGGCACAUUGUCACCUUGGUGGAGCCACCAUCCAACAUCAGAAUCACUGGUCUUAAUAAUACUGCAAUCCGAAUCAAUUGGGAUCCAGUUACUCAUGCAUUUCAAUAUGAAGUAACACUACGUAAGAUUUCCAGGAAAACAUCUGACAUAAUGUCUACGAAAGUGUUUACAAACUUUAUAAUGCUGGAUAAUCUUGAACUGUGUACUAACUACACAAUCACCAUAAAGUCACUGAAUGAUUUCAACCUUCUUGGAGAAGGCACAUCGGUAAAAUACGCAACUGAAUGGUUAAAACCCGUGCAAAACGUGAAGGCGUUUUACGAUUGUGUGGCGGACUUGGUGGAAUUGUCAUGGAAUGCUAACUCUGAUGCCACGAGCUACAGAGCAGUUGCCACAAGCAUCGGUGGUGUGAUCCUCUACUGCACCUCCUCAACAGUAACUUGCCAAAUCACUGGGUUGGACUGCAGUGAAGGCUACUCUGUAACAGUUAUGGCCCAGAGUGACACUUGCAACUCCAGUGAAAAUUUGCCCGUAACAUUUGAAACAAAACCCUGCACUCCUCAGAAUUUCCAAGUAAAUCGUGAUUGCCACAGUAACACUGUGUGGGCUUCUUGGCACGAAAGGAGGGGGGCCUUCUUGUACAUAGUAACUGCCCUGGCAUCCGACGGGACCACAGAUAAGUGCAACACUCGAGGAACGUCCUGUGUCUUUACAUUCUUCAAAUGUGGAUUGGAAUAUGAACUGAAAGUUCAGUCAAUAUCAAGGGAUCACUGCAAAAGCAGCGCAAGUGAUCCGAUCGCGAUACGUACAGCCCCUUGUAUACCAGAAGGCGUGAAAGCAUCCACUGACUGUUUAUCCCACGUUGUGACCAUUUCAUGGGAAUUGGCAUUGGGAGCCCAAACAUACGAGGCAGAGUUAGUGGGAACGAAUGGAAGCAAGUACAGCUGUAACGCCUCAACAACCAGCUGCAUCAUCUCUGAGCUACAAUGCGGCAUAGGUUUCAUCGUGUUCGUUAUUGCUUACGGCAAGGAAUGCGACAGUGGCAGAUCUUACUAUGCCAUCGCGGAGACAGCACCCUGCACCCCAUCAAGCAUUCAUACUCAGCUGGACUGUAAUACAAAUAAAGCAAACAUUACUUGGGAUAAAUAUGAUGGUGCAAUUCACUACAUGGUCUCUGUCAAUGGAAGUGACGGGAGUCAAUUGAAAUGUGCCUCGGUGCACACUAUCUGUUGGUUAUCAGACCUGACGUGUGGCCAGACAUACACUGCAACUGUCAUUGCCUCAAAUUACAUGUGCAACAGUACUCGAAGCUCUCCGGUUAAUAUUCAGACAGCUCCAUGCAUUCCGCAGAAUGUGGAGGCUCACCUGGAUUGUAUUACGGGCAGCGCUUCAGUCUCAUGGAAUCCCAGCCCUGGGGCACUUUCGUACAAAGCCACAGCUGCAUGGACUGAUGGCCAGUCACCCAGUUGUAACACACAGCAGACUAACUGUGAAAUCAAAGACUUAACAUGUAGUCAAAACUAUACUGUAUCUGUUUUAGCACUCAAUGAAAAUUGCAAGAGUAACCAAACCAUCUUUGUGACUCCAAAUACAAACUUAACAGUGUGCCUGCCAUUGAAAGCCACCAGCAAUUUGAACUGUGAGAAUAAUGCCCUUGUGGUAUCCUGGUCCACCAGUGCCUUGGGGCCAUAUGUAAUUACUGCAGAAGAAAGUAAAGGGCAUGUUGCUUCCUACAACACCACAGCAAAAAGCUAUCAAUUCCCAAACCUGCAAUGUGGCGAGUUUUAUAACAUAGUCAUACAUGCAGCAAGCAACGAGUGCCACAGCUCUGCGGGCUCACGUUUGUCUUUGAAAACAGUCCCAUGUAAUCCACAGAAUGUCAAAGUGCAACUGGAUUGCAAUGAAAACACAGCGCUGGUAAUAUGGGACUACAGUGAAGGAGCACUGUGGUACACUGCCCUUGCGGAAGGAGACAAUGGGAACAUCAUCUCGUGCAGCACAUCAGGAACAUCCUGUACAACACCCACGUUGCUCUGUGGCCAAAUAUAUUCUGUACACGUUGCAGCAUCUGACAGGACUUGUAACCACUCUCUGAGUUCAGUGGUUCAAAUUCAGACAGCCCCCUGCAGUCCCCAGAAUAUAAGCACUCAUUUGGACUGUAGAAUGCACAUAACAUCAGUGUGGUGGGAACAUAGUGAAGGUGCAGUGUUCUACACGGCUGUGGCGAAAGGAAUGGAAGGAGACAGAUACUCGUGCAAUACAACCGAAGCAAACUGUGAGAUCCUGGGCCUCCCAUGCGGCCAGAUAUACACCAUAACUGUGUUAGCAAUGGAUGAGAAUUGCACCAGUUUACCAAGUUCAGCUGUAGAAAUUGAGACAGUACCUUGUAUCCCACAGUAUGUGGUCGCUCACAUUAACUGUGGAAAUAACACCAUCUCGGUGUUUUGGGAUCCCAGCAACGGCUCAGAGUCAUACCAUGUAACAGCACAAGGAAUCAAUGGCCAUUGGGCCUCCUGCAAUACAACAGGCACUGAAUGUGAGGUCUCUGAUGUGUACUGUGGACUGCACUACUAUAUAACUGUAGAGGCAAUCCGCAUGGAGUGUAACAGCUCACAAAGCUCCGCUUUAACAGUUAAAACAGUACCGUGUGUGCCGCAGAAUGUUGACGCUCACAUGGACUGUGAUGUUGGGCAUAUGUCGGUCUCCUGGGAGUUCAGUGAAGGUGCAAUAUCAUACGUGGCUACUGCAGAAGGCAGCAACGUGCAGCAAUGCAGUGCCAAUGAUACACUGUGUGAUAUCACCGACCUGCACUGUGGAGAGACCUACACCCUCUCAGUUUUUGCGAUUGAUGACACCUGCGACAGUGCUGAAAGUCCUUCCGUCACAAGGAGAACAGCCUCGUGUAUCCCACAGAAUCUCGAUGUCCAACUCCACUGCGACACAAACGGUGCUUCAGUGUUGUGGAGCCACACUAAAGGUGCAGUGUCUUACUCCGCCACAGCAGAAGGAAGCGAUGGACACACAGUUUACUGUGAGACAGUCAAUACGGAAUGUCAGAUAGUGAACCUGUACUGUGGACAGCUGUAUAAUGUAACCCUGACAGCACUGGACGAGGUGUGUGACGCCUCACAAAGCUCUCGGCUUGAAUUCAACACCGCACCUUGUGCACCAGAGGACAUCUACACCAGUCUGAACUGUGACACCAAGAGUACAUCAGUGGCCUGGGAGGAGAGUGAUGGGGCGAUGUGGUACAUUACAACAGCAGAAGGACAAGAUGGACACAUUUCACUGUGUAACACAACGGGAACAAGCUGUGAAUUCAUGGACCUGCACUGCAGUCAAAUGUACUCACUAACUGUAACAGCGAUGGACAGUUACUGUCAGAGUGUAAACACCUCCGUUUUUGAAACUGAAACAGCUCCUUGUACCCCUCAGAACGUACACGCUGAUAGUGUUGGAGUCACUGCCUCUGUAACAUGGGAGCUGAGUAAUCUCACAGUGUGGUACGCUGCAACAGCGGAGGGCAGCGAUGGACACACGGCCACUUGUACCACGUACGACACAAACUGUCUAAUCCCAGAUCUUCACUGCAGCCAAACGUACAGCAUCUCCGUCCUCGCAUUUGGUGAAACCUGCAGCAGUCUCCAAGGCUCCAGUUAUGAAAUUUACACAGCACCUUGUGCCCCAGAUGAAAUCAUUGCCAACGUGGACUGUGAUUCCAACAGAGUGGUGGUAUCUUGGGGAAGGAUUGAUGGGGCGAUCUCGUACGAUGUAACUGCUGAAGGAAGUGAUGGGCACACACACUUGCAUAAUACAACAGAGACACGCUAUGAAAUGCUGGAUUUACACUGCGGACAAUCCUACAACAUAACUGUUACAACCUUGAGCUACAUACGGCACGGAAUUUCAAGUACUUCUAUACAAAUUCAAACUGGUAAUGCAAUUAAUCUUUAA